AUGGAUUUUGAGCCUGCAGAACUCAUACCUAUUUGGGAAGAAUCACCAGAAGAAAAUACAAUGAAACUACCAAAUGUUCAAGCAAAAGUCUUGGAACUAAAUAAGGAAAUCAAUAAGCUAACCACAGAUAAAAAAAAUUUGUUAAUGGCCAAUGAAAAUUCGAAAGAAAAACGCGAAGAUUUGGAAAAAAAAUAUAAAGAAGUUACGGAGAGUAAUAAAGCUUUAAUGAUCACGAACAGGAAGCUUGAAAAAAUUAACGCGAAAUGUAAACUAGAUAAAGAACAAGAAAUCAAGGAUAAGCUUCGAACGAAAGCGGAAAAUGACAAAACAAAAGCUAAGAUUGAAGAACUUGAAAUUGAGAAUAAAGCACUGAAAACACAAAUAAGUAACCAUGUGGACGAUUUACGUUGCAAAGAAAUUCAAAUUUCAGAAUUGGCAAGGGCCAAUAAAAUUCUCGAGACUAAGGUUGAGAAAGUAUUGGACGAAGCAAAUGAAUUAUUGAUAACAGUCGAUGAAUUGAAAGCCAAUGAACGUGGAUUAUACAGACAAAUGAACGUAUUUAGAGGAAUAAUAUUGGCAGAGCAAUUGGAAAAUAAGAAACUAAUCGAAAUCGCUAAACAAUUGGAGAAACAAAAAACUAGGUUUAUAUAUACAGGAGAAGACAUAACAAUAAUUAAGCGCAAAUUAGAAGAAUGUAUGAAACUCAAUCUUGAUCUGUCGAAGAGAUUCAGUAACCUCGACUGUCCUUUCUACCAGUCGAAAUAUGGUAAGAUUGAAGACGAGGAACCGGCAAUAAAAUGCGGUUCAGUAAAAGAAAGACAUUACGAAAAUAAAAUAUUUGCCUUGGAACAAGUGAUCAAAAGAUUACAUUUAAAAUAUGAUAGUCAAGAAGAAAAACAGCUUAAAUAUCGAGGCGUAGUGGUUAAAAGCUUGUAUGAUGUAAAAAGAGCAGAAGACAAAGAAAAAGCUACAAGAGCUUUGCUCGAAAAACAAAAAUAUACUAUUAUCUAUGAUAAAAUAGAGGUCUUGGAUAAAGAUUCAAAGAUUCAAAAACUAGAGAUUCAAAAGGAAGAUUUUGAUCAAAAAUGUAAAUUACUAAAUAGACAAUCAACUUUGCUCUGCAGACGAGUAAAAAAUGAUUUUAAGAAAAUGGAAUCCAUGAAAAAAAACAUCUGUAGAGCAAAUAAAGUUUUUGAAGGUGUGGAACAAAAAAAUGAUGAAUUACGAAAUAAAACUGAACAAGCAGAGAAAUUAGAAAACAAUAUGAAAAAGCAAUUAGAAUUUAAUAUAAAAUGCCAACAACGACAACAAUUAGAAGCAAACCAAAUGAAAUCUACUAUUGAAGAG